CAUCACCUUGCCCUUGUGAAGGCAGAUAUGGAUAAAGUUUUCAAAGCUGAUAGAAAAUUGAAAGCACUCACAUCCUGUGACGAUGCUCUACACAUUCUCCACAACUGACUCAGGAUGACACGCAUUCAAGAAUACAACGUUAUGCCAACAGAACCAACCCUGGAAGAGAGAGCCCAGAGAAUUGCCAAAGCUGUCCGCAAACAGUCAAUAGAAGUGAAGGAAAAUUGGGAGCAAUUGAAAACCCGUGCGAGCAACUGGCAGAAACAGGUGGAAAAGACGUUGGAGAAACUUCAAGAACUGCAGAAAGCUCUGGAUGAUCUUGAGGCUCAUGUGAUAACAGCUGAGGGGGUCCACACUGAUCAGCAACCUGUGGGUGACCUGCUUAUUGACUCAUUGCAGGGUCACAUUGAUAAAACCACAGUAAGUGCAAUUACAUUACACUUCACUUAUGAACAGAUGUAACCACAAUGUUG